CCUGUGGUUGGUUCUCCAAGAAGAACCGAUGCUGUUUAGAAACAAAGUGUGGUCACUCCAAUUGUUUUGGUUUGCAUUUUAUUAAUUGAUGAAAAUAAACUAUUAACACUUCCAUUUUUGAAAGCAUUUAGUUUGCAGCAUUGUUUCACAUUGUGAUAAUAAAUAUGGACAUAAACAUUAUGCUAUGACCAAGAAUGAAUACAAGGAAAUACAAUACAUAAUUAAACUCAACGAUGAGUUAUAUAUAUUUAAUUUUAUUUGUGUAAUGAUGUACUGAUGUUCAAUCAAAGUAAUAAUUUAAGUACUGGGUCUUUAUACAUCUUAUAAUUUGUCAAAUGAUUUUCAUCACAAUAUACUUAACACUUAAAAGAUGACAUGAUGAUAACAAAACUGAUUUCCUGUUUCACUCAUACUUUUUGAUUUCUGUCCGUGCGAUUUAUUUGUUGAUCCAAGUGAGCUCUGAGGGGAGAGAGACCCUGGAAUAAACAGAGAGAGAGAGAGCAUCAUGUGACUGACAGACAGACAGAUGGACCAAUCACAUAUCUCCUUUUCCUCUCGCUCCUCAUUGGUGGACCAAUGGAUGCUGCCCUGUUCCUCAUCCACCUCCUCAGCGUGGCACCGCUGCUGCUGCUGCAAGCUGCUGGUGUUGCCGUGACGAUGAUAUCCUCCCCCCUCCCACACACACAGCAGAGAGGAGGAGAGCAGAGGGAGCAAACAAGAUGCUAUCAUGACGCGAUGGCUUCAGGCCGGAAAACAGAAACAUACUCAUCGUCUCACAGGAUCAGGGACACAGCAGAGGCUGUUGACACUGUGAGCCCUCUGUGAAGUCCAUCAACCCAGAGAAGCUCUUGCUUUUCCCCAAAUCUGAAAAGGAAUGAUUUCUUGGUGUAUGAAAGGUUGCAUAUUGAUUGGGGAAUAGACAACACAGGGAACCAGAAGGGCUUUCAAAUGGAGGAUUUGUGGAGUUCUGGAUGCCUGGGCCCGCUUCCACCCAACAGGAAUGACCAAGUUUCACUGACUACAGGUUCAAAUAAAGGGUAUCUGGGUGUGUAAUCCCCCAGAUUUGACUGCAGAACCCUCAGAUUAUUUAACUUUGACAGCAAAAACCAUGCCUUGUGAAUGUUUUUCCCUUUCCUCUUGAGCGCACAAUGGAAUGAAGCGUGAGACCAGGAGUUUACAGGAGUUUACAGCAGAAAAGCCUGCACCUGAACAACCAGGCCUUUCCCCUGGGUGCAGUGUGGAAUAAGGGGUGUGUUCGGAGGUUGACCCUCACCAGGCUGCCAUUCACAGAUGGAGGCCCACCAACACUCCCCCGAUAGCAGCAGUGAGGAGUGCACCGUCCUGGAGGCCCUGCCCGGUAGAAAUUCCUGCCCACAACACACAGGGAAGGUGGCACACCUGUACUGCUGGGCCUGCAAGAGUGUGCUGUGUGAGGACUGUGUGUCGGACCAUGUAGAGCACCCCAAGGUGCCCCUCAGCCAGGCCCUGGAGCAGCACCACAGCAAGCUGCAGGAGAGGCUGGGGGCCCUCCAGAACAGACUGCCUCAGAUUUCAGAUGUCCUGUCCCUCGUUAAGGAGAUCCUCCAACAACUGACCAAUCAGAGAGCUUCCAUUGAAGAGGACAUCCAGUCAAGCUUCGAGGAUCUGCACAAGCAGCUGGAUGUCCGGAAAAGUGUCCUGCUGAUGGAGCUGGAGGUCACAUACGGACUCAAACAGAAGGUCCUCCAGGCCCAGGUGGACAGCCUCACUCGGGGAGAAGGGAACAUCAUGGCCUCUUGUACCCAGUCUGAGGAGGCUCUGGCUGGGGAGCCAUGCGUGGCGAGUCUGCAGGCAGAGCGGGAGCUGCAGCAAAGGCUGGAGGAAUUACUCAGCCUCAGCCUGCCAUGCCAGCCGGAGGAGAACGACCAGCUGGAUCUGGUGAUGGAGACCGACGGGUUGAGGAAGUCCAUUCACAAUCUGGGCACCAUCGUCACAACCAGUGCGGUGGCGAGCCAGAGUGAGGCAAUGGGCGCGGGCCUGGAGCAGUGCAUUGUGGGACAUCCUGCUUCGGUUACCAUAGUGACAAGAGACAAGUCAGGGGGGGCCUGCAAGAGUGGCAACGCAAUCCUGUCUGCUGAGGUCUUCACCCCAGAUGGCAGCAUCGUGGAUGGUGAAAUAGUGGACCACAAGAAUGGGACUUAUGAGUUUGUGUACACCGUGCCGAAGGAGGGAGACUUCUCAUUGGCCCUCCGUCUGUACGACCAGCACAUCAAAGGAAGCCCCUUCAAACUGACCGUCAGCAGGCCCUCAGAGGCAGAAGUGGAGGUGUCCCCCUCCACCACUACAGCAACCAACUCAGCAGCAUACGCCACCCCAUCUACGGGCUCCUCUGAGGGGGUAAAGAGACGAGGGAAGUCCCCCGGCCAGAAGAAGAAGGGCUCCAAGAGAGCCAGCAGUGCCCUGGGAACCCCAAGACGCAAAACCCAGAAUCCCAUUGAGGAUGACCUUAUCUUCAGGAUUGGGACAAAGGGGAGGAAUAAAGGAGAGUUCACCAACCUUCAAGGAGUAGCUGCCUCCUCCAGCGGCAGGAUCCUGAUCGCUGACAGCAACAAUCAGUGUGUCCAGAUUUUCUCCAAUGAGGGGGAAUUCAAGAGUCGUUUUGGGGUACGUGGACGGUCGCCAGGGCAACUGCAGCGGCCCACGGGUGUGGCCGUGCACCCCAGUGGUGACAUCAUCAUAGCUGACUAUGAUAACAAGUGGGUCAGCAUCUUCUCCUGCGAGGGCAAGUUUAAGGCAAAGCUCGGCUCUGGUCGACUUAUGGGGCCAAAGGGCGUGUCCGUGGACCAGAAUGGUCAUGUGAUUGUGGUUGACAACAAGGCGUGCACUGUCUUCAUCUUCCAGUUAACUGGCAAGCUCAUCACCAAGUUUGGCAGUCGAGGCAACGGUGACAAGCAGUUUGCAGGUCCACACUUUGCAGCAGUGAACAACAACAACGAGAUCAUUGUGACUGACUUCCACAACCACUCUGUCAAGGUUUUCACCCCCGAGGGAGAGCUGGUGUUGAAGUUUGGCUCCAACGGUGAGGGAAACGGCCAGUUCAACGCUCCCACUGGUGUAGCUGUGGACAUUAAUGGGAACAUCAUUGUAGCUGACUGGGGCAACAGCAGGAUUCAGGUGUUCGAUGGCAGUGGCUCCUUCCUGUCCUACAUCAACACAUCAGCGGACCCCCUGUAUGGACCCCAAGGUCUGGCUUUGACCUCAGACGGACACGUGGUUGUGGCCGACUCUGGCAACCACUGCUUCAAAGUCUACCGCUACCUGCAGUGACGGAGGCUUGUAUGGAGAAACGGAGUGGAGGCUGCAGAGAUGGAGGGGAGGAGCAGUUGCUGAAGUGGACUGAUUUGGUGCACGAUGUCAAACCCAAGAAACCACUGCAUGAACCGAUGCCUACAACAAUGGAAGGAUGGGUGGAGGACAAAUAGGAGGAAACAAAGAAGAAGGAUUAACUAUUGUUAUAUCAUUAGACCACACAUUGAAAAUAUGGUGAUUUUCAUCAAUGAAAACAUGAAACAUGAAACAGCGGAUAGCAGAAAAUAUUGGAACAAAGAACUACAGUGUCUUGGAAAGAUGGCGGAUUCAAGAGUUUGCUGACCUCAGGCAAAUUUGAGAAAUAUUGAGGAAUGGGGAUGGGGAAAACUAAACACAGUUAUGCAAUAACUAAUCCAUGUCAAAUUCUACAAGUCUCUCUUUCUCCAAGUUUGGCAUCAGUAGAAAAGCUGAAGAAUGGAUGAAACAAGACUUUAACAAAGAAAGGAAGAACAAAUAAAAGUGGAUAAGAAGAACACGUUUGGAGAGGAUUGCUUCCUCAACCCACAAUGGGGUGAAUGAUGGAUAAAGGGAUAAAAGAAGUAUUAAAGGCACGAAUGAAUACAUAGAGGAUGGUGUUUUGGAAAGAAUGGAUUGGAAGAUCAAUUCUCUGCCUUCUCUUAUUGUAUAAUAAUGGCAAAAUAAUGGCCAAUGAGCUAAAAGAGGUCUUCGUCUUGGUUUGACAUCGUUUGCUCCUCCAGGUCAUUUACCACAGACUUCCUGUAUGGCUUCUAUAGUCUGUGUUUGUACACCAACAACAACUCUAACACUUGGAAGCUAACAUUAGCUACCAACUCUCAGAGUUUUUGUUAAAGUGCCCUUGAGCAAAGUACUUGACUUCAAGGUGGUCCAGCAGCAGAGAACUGUGGUUGUACGGGGAAUCUCCCAGCAGAGAAUGUGUAAAUCUGUAAAUACAAAGAGUGGACAUCCUCACCCAGCCAAAUUUCUAUUGAACAGACUAAUCUAUUCUGCAAUGGGCAUGAAAAAUGUAUUACUAGCCUGUUGUCCAUUGUUUGUACGUGAGGACUGUCUCAUUAUGGAAUGUUGAUUUUGUUUCUUGCCAUAUGCUAGCAUUCUUUAAGUCUUAGGCAAUAGUGUCAUGAGUAGAAAUGAUUGCUUUGCUGUCCUUCUGACUGAAUGAUUGGUUUGAUGGUUGCUCUCAUGAGCAGCAUCGUCUAUCUAUGCUUGGUUUGAGUGUUUAUAUAUUUUUCCUGGAAAUCUGUUGCAAGGAGGAAAAUAAGUCUUUAAAUCUAUACUAUAUAUUUGUGAGAAUACCUUUAAUAAUAUGUCAAAUUCAUUAACAUAUUUGGGAUCGAUAACAUUUUUACACACUCAUUUCUGUGUGGCAUUGUGUUUUGUUUUUCCAAAAAGUGUUCUGCCAAGAGCCACCUACUGUGCGAUAAUUGGCUGGGAACAAAAGAUAAUUGCUUUGGUUAAAGUAGGAACUCACAGGCCAAUCACAGCACUGCAAGCAGGGAGGGAAAAAGAAAACAAAAAAAUAAAUGAAUAAAAUAAAAAAAGGGAGUCUGUGGGAAGAAAAUGUUUUAGUUCAUUCCUUAACAUUGCCAAGGACUCUGAAAUGCUUGAAGAAUUGCUGUCUGUUAGCUAGCUUGUACAAUUUCACACAUACUGUCAUAAACCAUAAAACAAUGCGUCUGUGCUCUGAAAAGCAUGCUUCUGUAUUAUGUGACAGUUGACAUCAAAUAAACCACUGCAGAUUUCAACUGUAAGAUCCUAUUUUACUAAGAGUCCACCCUCUGCUAAGAGGAUUUACAGCAAUGUUCAGUGCAGUAAAGGACACAAGGUAAACGUGAUAUUGCAAAGCAUUUACAAAUUACCUUUGGAAAAGUGCUAUGUGACAGUGGUAAUAGUGAUACAAAGCAUUUACAUCAACUAUUAGAGACAAAAGGACAGCAUGACUCACGUCAACAUUUGGUGGGACAGUUUUAAUUUCGAUUAUAAAUAAAACAUCUUUGUCAACUAACAGAUGCUUGUUGUAGAUCAUAAUGUUGUCUGUUAGUCCACUGAAGCAGGAAGAAUAAUCAAUAAUCAAUAUCAUGGCUAUAUUAUGUUCACAACUGGUCAAAUAUUUUUUGUAAAUUUAAUGUAAGUUAUUACUACUACUGUACUACUACUGUAUUUAUUUCUUUAUUUAUUAUUUUUCUAUCUAUAUUGCCAUUUGAUUGUGUUACACCAUGUGCAUUGAAAUUCUUAAGUGCCCAUUAUAUUUCUUCUUUAUGUACAUUUUGUCAGUUGUGUUGAAUGCUGGUAUUUGCCACAUUUUAUAUCAACUGUUGUACUUGAAAUUUAAACCAUAUUUUUUUUUCUUUUUCUUUUUUGUUCAUGUUUCUGUCAAAUGAAAAUUGCUGUGGGAGGUAAAAUAAUCAAGCUAUCCAGUUAGAAAAAGCAGCUUGUCAGCACUGCAUUUCAGAUUGGAACCAAUGGACGUGUUUAGCGCAAAGCUAAUAUCUUAGCUGUAUCAAAGACUACAGUAGUUUAUAAACUAGGAGCUGUUCAGUGUGUUUUUUCGGAAACGUUGUCUAUCAGUGACAAAGGGUUUAACUAAUUUGUUAACUCAAUAGCUUUUAUUUGUAACCAUUUCUUUUCUUUGAGAGACAAAUCAGUUUUUGAAAGCAAUAUGAUAAGUGUUGGAUACAAAUAACAACAAAAUCAAAGUUGUCGGCGUGCUAAAAAGGAGUAAAGUGCAUUCUCGGGCAUCAACAGUAAGCUGUGAAAAGAUUUUGUAAUUUGUUAGCACUACUGAUUGUUUCAACAAAAUCAGGAUGUUUGACAUUUGUUUUGUAAAGUGAUCUGUUUGCUGGAGAUUCAGCCUUAAUGCCAGUCAUACAUAUGAAUGUUGUUUAAGAGUCGAUAUGAUGGAAUUGCCUUCUCACUAAUAUUGAUUUGAAAUUUCAGACAUCAGUAAGAAUUAGCCAGUAACCAUUUCAAACAAAGAGCUCAUUUGUUGUUGACUGCACAUCCUUUGGAGGAAGUCUGAUUUUUUUCACGUCAAAGAAUGUUUUAAAAAAUCUUAACUAACAUCAUAGAACAUAUUAAAUAUUUACACAUGCAGUUUGUUUCACUGUUGGUUCACACCACAAGGCAAACAACGUCGUACAUGAAUUUGUUUUUUUCCUCAAAUGGAUCUGCAGCUUUUUAUAGCACAGAUCAGUUUGUCCCAGUGUUACUUACCUGCUGUUUCUCUCUCUGUAUUUGCUGUCGUGUCUGUUCACUGGUAUGGACCGUCUCGUCAAUACACACACACACAGUCAACAAUAAAAUAAAGCAUCGAUUCCUGAAUGGCAGUCAUCUCUGGUUUGGUUUUAUGAACAUUUUACGCAUAAUGAGGAACUGCUGCUGUGACUGGGAUCACACUUACUAAAACAACAACAACAAGCUGUGGAGCACAGCUGGACAGAUGAAAUAAAUAGGAAGAAGAAGAAGAAGAAGAGUCAGCUUUAUUGACAGUAUAUAUAUUUUUACAUACACACACUGAAUUCGUCUUCUGCAUUUGACCCAUCCUUAGUUGAACACACACAUGCAA